AUGCUUCUAGGUGGGCAUUCCGCUUUUUUAACAGAUAGUGUUGUUUUCUUCUGUAGCGCACAAGUACUCGCCAACAAAAUAUCUGACUACGCGCCUCAAAAUGCUUUAACAUGCUUCUACUCUGUUCUUCUGCCUCCCCUUAGUCAAAGCGCAACACCGAAUGCCGGCGUGAAGAUGUAUAAUCUGGUGAUCCUCAUCAUCGACAUUGUCGCCAUGUUGGUACGAUGGAUCUUUCACACGCUCGAAUCGUUCUACCGGUUGGUGGUGCCACCGGCAGCUGAUACCGUGCACAACGAUAUUGUACUCAUCACCGGGGCCGGGCACGGCAUGGGACGCUGCAUGGCACUGCAGUACGCUCACCUCGGUGCCACCGUUAUCUGUGUUGACAUCAAUGAAAAGAUGAACACGGACACGGUCACCACCAUCCGGCAGCAGCGUGGCAACGCAUUCGGUUACAUCUGUGACGUCACCAACCGUCAGCAGAUUAUCGAGACGGCAAAGCAGGUGCAGCAGGAUGUCGGCACCGUUACGAUACUGGUGAACAAUGCCGGCAUCAUGCCGACCCAUCCACUGCUUCAGCAGACCGAGGGAGAAAUUCGCAAAACGUUCGAAAUUAACGUUAUGGCGCACUUCUGGCUGCUGCAAAGCUAUCUGCCCGGUAUGCUCGAGAAGAACCGUGGCUACAUCGUGGCGAUGUCGUCCGUGGCCGGUCUGUGCGGGCUGAACAACCUGGUGCCGUACUGUGGCAGCAAGUUUGCGGUCCGUGGCAUCAUGGAGGCGCUCGCCGAGGAGCUGCGACAGGACGCACGCAAACCGAACAUCAAGUUUACCACCGUCUACCCGUACAUGGUCGACACCGGGCUCUGCAAGCGGCCACACAUGCGCUUCCCGAACAUGAUGCGCCUGGUAAAGCCGGAAGAGGCCGCCGCCGCCAUUAUUGAUGGUCAGCGUCGCGGUCUGGUAGAUGUGUCGAUACCGAAGUACUUGCUGUACCUGAACACCAUCAUACGGGUGUUCCCGCUGAAGGUGGGCACGCUAUUGCGCGACUUCCUCGACAGCGGCGUGGAGUCUGACCUCUGA